AUGACAGACAAAACGGUUCGUAAGGGUGAUGACUAUAAAAGAAACUUUGACGUCGAUUGGUACUUGAAAUGCUGCUUCUCAACACCCUUGGAAUGUCCGGAAGAGGGAGAUACUUCAUACACUUUUUUAUUAGACGAACUUCAUAAAACGUAUAGUUCAGGGAAAGUGAAGGGAAAACGAUUUCUCGAGUUUGGAAGUGGUCCUACAGUACAUACACUGUUUAGUGCCAGGAAUGCUGUCGAAGAAAUUACUUGUUGUGAGUUUGCUGAGUGCAAUAGAAAACAAAUUGAAAAAUGGUGGAAAAAAGAGUGUGACGCAUUUGAUUGGAGUGUUGUACUGAAGCACGUUGCUCAGCUUGAACAACAUCGUGACCAUGAGCGCAUUGCUGCCGAAGUUCGUGAAAAGCUUCAAGAAGUUUUACCAUGUGAUGUUCGUCUGCAAAAUCCAUUGAGCCCCAACAUCCGGGAGCCAUAUGACGUCAUCACGACCAGCUUUACCUUGGAGGCAGCUUGUGAGUCAAUUGACCAGUACAACGAGGCAGUUGCCAAUGUGUCAUCUUUGAUUCGACAAGGUGGUCAUUUGAUUAUGUUUGGCGCACUGAGUCAAUCGUUUUAUGUUGUCAACAAAGAACGUUUCUUUUCUCUUCGACUAGAAACUGGAGAUAUCGAGAAUGCUUUAAAACUAGCAGGGUUUGAAAAUAUAGAAACAAAAGUAUGUCCACUUGAAUAUCAGUUGGAUAUGUGCGACCUUAAGGGAAUAUUUUACACAACAUGUAUGAAACGAUAACAGCUUACAUAUGAUUCUAGUUUUGAUAUUAGUAGAAAUUCAGAAAUCACCUAGAUUUGAUGUUAUAUUGCAAUGACACAAUCCCUAUAAAUGUACAGUCACGUCAAUUUAUGGUACAUGACAUGCACAUGGCUGAAUCCAUGGAUUUCGAAUU